AAUCACACAGAGGCCUCCAUCAAGCGGCGAGAACCUAUGAUCCUCAAGAUUGUCUCAACAUACAACUCCUUGUGCAACCAACUGCAUGUGCUGAUACAUCAACGCAAGGUGCCUGCUAAUGCCAUUCCACCCAUACCUAUCUCAUGUGAUGGUAUCUUUCAGCUGGAUGUUGAUGAUGACAUUUGGCAAGAUGUAGGUCUGGAAGAUGAGACUGUGAACCCACCUCAAUGGCUUGCUGAUGACAAUGUCCAUCAGGGAAUUUGUCUGUUACUUGAUCUUGAUCACUGUUUGGAAGAAGAGGACAGGUUAAGACACAAACACUGUGUUAUGCAAGAGUGCAUGAUCACAGAGUGGACUGCACUUCAGGAGGCUCGAGAACAUGCUGCACAGCUAUCCCUCAUGUGCUUUGAGUGGCAAUCAAGAGUACAUCCCAUACCCAGUGCAUGGGAAAUGUCUGAUAGUUGGGGACCAUCCUCCACUGAUAUUGCCCAUGCUGGACAUUCACUUUACCAUGUAAAAACUGUGCAGCCUGCGAAUGCUGACUCGGGGGAAUUGUCAGAGGAUGAGAGUAACAAUGAUGACAUCAAUGAGGGAGGAGUUGAUGAUGAGUUGAUGGUAGCAAUAGAGGAAGUUGCAUAUGCAAAUGAAUAU